AUGCCGGGAUUGCACAAACUAAGGUUGCCUUUUGUUAAAGCCGAUUAUACUUACAAAGCAAAGAUGAUCUUCCAAUUAGUAAGGAGUUUCCACACAAGUCUGAGCUUUAGAGCAGCCGAGUCCUCAUUGCUGGCCAAACUAAGAAAGAAAACAGGCUACACAAUUGCUAACUGCAAAAAAGCAUUAGAAAUGCACAACAAUGACACAGACAAGGCUGAAGCUUGGCUCAAUGACCAAGCACAAGCUAUGGGUUGGGCAAAAGCUACAAAGCUAGCAGGAAGAAAAGCUCUUCAAGGUCUAGUCGCAGUGAAGUUUGACAAAAAUCAUGGUGUUCUGGUCGAGUUGAAUUGUGAAACAGAUUUUGUAGCAAAGAAUGAGAAGUUUCAUAAAAUGGUGGAAGAUGCUACAAGUGCAUGUUAUAAGUUUGCCCACACUAAUUUACAAUCGAAGGGUGCUGUCACAAAAAUGGAGUUAGACAGUGAACAAUUGGGUAAUUUAAGUAUUGAUGGAAAGAAAUUAUCUGAAGUUUUGGCUCUCUUUAUUGGAUCUGUGGGGGAAAAUGCUGUACUCAGACGUGCCGAGUGUUGGAAAGCAAACUCAAAUGAUGUGAAAAUAUCUGCAUAUACUCAUCCUGCUCCCUCAGUUGCUUCAGAUUACUCAGCAGGAAAAUAUGGUGCAUUGUUAGCCUAUAAGCAAGCUAAUGAUAUCGAAGACAGGGGUAGGCAGCUAUGUCAACAUAUUGUGGGGUGCUCUCCUCUUAAGAUAGGGGAUAAAGAUAAUGACAAACCAGCUACAAAUUUAGAUGACGAAGUUUGUCUUAUUUUUCAAGAGUAUCUGCUAGAUCCAUCAUACACAGUUCAAGAAUUUUUAGAAGAAAAUAAAAUGGAAGUUAUUGAUUAUAUUCGAUUUUCUUGUGGAGAGUCUGAAGAAACUUCUCUACCAGGAGUAGAAAAACAACCCUUAGAUACAGUUCAAACUUUACAGUAG